AUGACGGGAAAGAGAAGAGAGAUAGUAGACAUGAUGCAAAGGAGGAAGAUAAAGGCUUUAUGUGUGCAAGAGAUCUUAGCUGAAGGCUAUAAGCUACUUUAUAGUACUGCAAGCCCGGAAUCAAGAAAUGGAGUUAUUUUGCACAGAGAGCUUCAAGAAGAGGUAUGUGAAGUCAGCAGGGUAAAUCAUAGGAUCAUGUAUGUUAAGAUGAUGUUUGGCGGAGAAAUGGUAACAGUGCUGACAGCCUAUGCACCCCAAGCGGGAUGUUCGGAGGACGAGAAGGAAAAAUUUUGGAGAGAUUUAGAUGGAGUAAUGGUCGGAAUACCAGAGAAUGAAAGAGUGAUAGUCGAAGGAGGUCUAAAUGGUCAUGUUGGCGGAAGGAAAGGUGGGGAAGAAAGGUGGCAUGGAGGAUUGGGGUAUGGCGAGAGAAAUGAGGAAGGAAAAAGAGCGGUGCCAAGAGAUAAGGAAGCAUGGUGGUGGAAUGAAGAGGUGCAGAAAGUUGUGAAGGAAAAGAAAGACGCUAAGAGGAAGUGUGAUAUGUCUGGAAGUGCUGAGGAUGGGCAAGCGUACAAAAGUGCAAAGAAGGAGGCAAAACGAGCCUUGGCUAAAGCUAAAGCUGAAUCAGGGUUACCAAAUCACCAGAGCUGA